AUGUUUUCCCCCAGCCAGGAGGAGCACUGCGCGCCCAACAAGGAGCCCGUCAAAUACGGGGAGCUGGUGGUGCUAGGGUAUAAUGGGUCCCUCCCUAAUGGUGACAGAGGACGCAGAAAAAGCAGAUUUGCCCUUUAUAAGCGACCGAAGGCAAAUGGAGUUAAGCCCAGCACUGUUCACGUGAUAUCUACUCCCCAGGCAUCAAAGGCUAUCAGCUGUAAAGGUCAGCACAGCAUCUCUUACACAUUAUCCAGAAACCAGACUGUAGUGGUGGAAUAUACUCAUGAUAAAGAUACAGACAUGUUUCAGGUUGGGAGGUCAACAGAAAGCCCUAUAGACUUUGUAGUAACAGACACUAUUUCGGGAAGUCCAAAUAAUGACGAAGCGCAGAUUACGCAAAGCACCAUAUCCCGUUUUGCAUGCAGGAUUGUUUGUGACAGGAGCCCACCAUACACAGCAAGGAUUUUUGCAGCUGGAUUUGACUCAUCUAAAAACAUAUUUCUUGGUGAAAAAGCAGCAAAGUGGAAAAAUCCUGAUGGCCACAUGGAUGGAUUGACAACUAAUGGGGUGCUGGUCAUGCACCCGAAAGGAGGGUUCACAGAGGAGUCUAAGCCUGGAGUUUGGCGGGAAAUCUCAGUCUGUGGUGAUGUGUACACUCUCCGGGAAACCAGAUCUGCUCAACAGAGGGGGAAGCUGGUAGAAAAUGAGACCAAUGUAUUGCAAGAUGGCUCUCUGAUUGACCUGUGUGGAGCCACCCUUUUGUGGAGAACAGCAGACGGACUGUUUCACACUCCAACUCAGAAACACAUCGAAGCCCUGCGACAGGAGAUCAACGCUGCCAGACCACAGUGCCCUGUGGGGUUAAACACUUUAGCAUUUCCCAGUAUCAACCGUAAAGAUGUGGUAGAAGAGAAGCAGCCUUGGGCGUACCUCAGUUGUGGUCACGUUCACGGCUAUCACAACUGGGGACAUCGCAGUGACACAGAAGCCAAUGAGCGGGAGUGUCCUAUGUGUAGAACCAUUGGCCCCUACGUGCCUCUCUGGCUCGGUUGCGAAGCAGGCUUUUAUGUGGAUGCUGGUCCUCCAACCCAUGCUUUCACCCCCUGUGGACAUGUGUGCUCUGAGAAGUCUGCAAAAUACUGGUCUCAGAUCCCACUGCCUCAUGGUACUCACGCGUUUCAUGCCGCCUGCCCUUUCUGUGCAACACAACUGUCUGGGGAACACAACUGUGUCAAGCUAAUUUUUCAGGGUCCAAUUGACUGA